UGGAGACUAGGCAGGCGGCUCGUCGUUGUAUUUGCAAAGGGAAGGGAAAGGGUUUCUGAUCAACGCCACCAGGGCUGGGGGCGCAACAGCGCAGUGGCAAGGCAUCUGUAAGACACAGGAAAGAGGAAACCACCUUCGUCUGCAUUAUUUUAUCUUUAAUUAUUUUACAAUGCAUAAUAAACUGAAAUCAGGAUCUAAAUGAAACAAUAAAACCGAAUUUAAAGUUUAAAUCAAUGGUACAGGAGGGUAUUAUGUCCAGGACGCCUUCCACCUCAACCCAGGAAAUCCAGAUGGACAUGUUCGACCACCACGGCUCUCACGCUCAGGGGAAGUGUGCAAAGAGGAAGAGCCGUUUCAAACGCUCAGAUGGCAGCACCUCCUCAGACACAACCUCCAACAGCUUCGUCCGACAGGGCUCAGCAGACUCCUACACCAGUCGUCCUUCAGACUCUGACGUGUCUUUGGAGGAGGACCCUGAGGCUCUCAGGAAAGAAGCCGAUAGACAAGCUCUUGCCACCCUAGAGAAGGCUAAGACAAAGCCUGUAGCGUUUGCGGUGAGGACUAAUGUUGGCUAUAACCCAGGCCCGAAUGAUGAUGUGCCGGUUCAGGGUAUGGCCAUCUCUUUCGAACCCAAAGACUUCCUGCACAUCAAAGAGAAGUAUAAUAAUGACUGGUGGAUCGGACGUUUGGUGAAGGAAGGAUGUGAGGUGGGGUUUAUCCCCAGUCCAGUGAAGCUUGAGAGCACCCGUCAAUUACAAGAACAGAGAAUGAGACAAAACCGCCUUAGCUCCAGUAAGUCCGGUGGAAGCUCUAGUCUGGAUGUUACCACAGGUGCCCGGAGGCCCACUCCACCUGGAACAGGUGGGCCUGCCAAACAGAAACAGAAAUCGAUGGAACAUGUUCCUCCUUAUGAUGUGGUGCCUUCCAUGAGACCCAUUAUUUUGGUGGGACCAUCCCUUAAAGGCUAUGAGGUGACUGAUAUGAUGCAGAAAGCACUCUUUGAUUUUCUAAAACACAAAUUUGAAGGCAGAAUAUCUAUCACCAGGGUGACAGCAGACAUCUCACUCGCCAAACGUUCCGUCCUAAACAACCCCAGCAAACACACGAUCAUCGAGCGCUCUAGCACCAGAUCCAGUCUGGACGUACUGGCUGAGGUACAAAGUGAAAUCGAGAGAAUCUUUGAGCUGGCUCGGACGCUCCAGUUAGUGGCUCUGGAUGCUGACACAAUCAACCAUCCAUCUCAGUUGGCCAAGACAUCACUGGCACCUAUUAUAGUCUACAUCAAGAUCGCCUCUCCAAAGGUGUUGCAGAGGCUGAUAAAGUCCAGGGGUAAAUCUCAGGCCAAACAUCUCAACGUCCAAAUGGUGGCAGCUGAUAAACUUGCUCAGUGUCCUCCUGAGCUUUUUGACAUAAUAUUAGAUGAGAAUCAGCUGGAGGAUGCGUGUGAACACCUGGCUGAAUACCUGGAGGCCUACUGGAAGGCUACACACCCUCCGAGCAGCAACCCACCCAACCCUCUGCUCAAUCGCACCAUGGCCACAGCCGCCCUGGCAGCUUCGCCCGAACCCGUCUCCAACCUGCAGGGGCCAUUCCUGGUGCAUGGAGAACAGAAGAGGGAAGGGCCUGAACACGCCAGUCUCCAAGACUACCAGAGUGACCUGGGUGGGAAGCAGCCACUGCGCUCUUCACGCAGCCAGUUGCAAACAGGAGGGCGAGGUCUGUCACGGCAGGACACGUUCGAUUCCGAGACCCAGGGCAGCCGGGAUUCCGCUUACACCGACGACAUGGAGACCGAUCCGUACGAGGAGCCGGACCCGUGUCGCUCGUACCGCCUGAACCCUGCCCACCACGCUCCUCGCCAGGCCUCCUGGGAGGACGAAGGGGCGGAGCCUGACCAGGAGAACCUCAACAUGGUCCCACCACCAGCCAAUCAGCACCAGCGUGGACGAGGCAAGCUGAGGGAGCGCUACUGUCAGGACGCAGAGAGCGGCGGGGCGACCACGGGCCGUAACCAUAGCCAGGAGGAGUGGAGCAGAGAUGUGUACAUUCGCUAGAGCAGGUUUACUCGAGAGGAGUUGUUUAGAACGACACUAAGUAGAAUCACUAUAGUUGGAUCUGUUUACAACCCAGAGAAACACACUAUCAUUGACAAACGCUGUACAGCUAACACUCACGACAUUCGCAUUACGCUAACAAGGCUCUCGGUCAUUUAGUUUCAACCUGUUUUUGAGGAGGAAGAAGCUUUCUUUCUUCACUCUGUUUUACUUUUGUAUAGUACUGCAUGACUUUCCUUGCUGAGCAUUAAACACGAUUCACAAUGUAUAACCAAAAUCUUGCAAGAGUAAGGGUGCGUAUGUGUGCGUGUGCAUCCUCUGUAGUCUUAAACAAGGUCUUUCUGAUACACGAAAGUCUUGGGAGUGACCCACCAGUUUGAUUUCCCAGACUACACUACUGCAGAGCGUGUUUUUGCGUCAUAUUUUAUUCUAUUUAUUUUAUUUAUUGAGACUCAAAUGCAGUCUUUAGCCUGCUAAAACCUUUACAGAGCUCCGCCGCUGCUGCGUACUCCUCCAAUCCAGAAGGGGUGCUGUGGUGCUCACAUGUUAUAGUUCAAUAGGGCUAACAAGUGUAUCAAGACGUUAAUCCAGAUCAGCUAGUGUUUAUAAGCAUCUAAUAUGCAAAUAUAAAUAAGACACACAUUUUCAAACUAUAACCCCAAUACGUUUGAGACCAUUAACACGAAUUGCUUUGUGUCGAUUGUAACCGGCUCUGUCUCGUCUUCUGUGCCUGCUCAAGGGCUUUUAGCGUUUGUGCCGCCACUGUAACACUGACAUUGGAAACAUGUUCUGCCUUAUUCACUCGUCAGUCACACACAGGCCAACCAAUCACAAGUGCCGUAAUCUUUCAUCAGGCCACUCCCACCGUAAACACGGUGGGUUGUCUUAACUCAGUGCAACACAUGGACAGUUGUUGUUAUUGUUGUCAUAUAGUCUACACUAAUAUUUUACCUUGUUUAAAAAAGCGAUAUGUUUGCACUGCUAGUCAUUUUAAGAUUAAACAAAGUGUUUGUUGCAUGACAGUUUAAGGAAUCACUUCACAGUCCGAGAAGCUGGAACACAGUUACUAUUGCAAACUCAACACUGGCAUACACAGAUACACACAUCCUACUGCCAAACUCAUGCUAAUGCUACUGCUUUUUGUGUUCUGUGUGUGUGAGUGUGAGUGUGUAUGUGAGUGAAAUGGAAGAAAAUCUGGAGUCUUUACUAUUUUAUUUAACCAGAGCAUUGGUGAAUGUCUAUGAGCCUCUUUUUACCCUCAACUAUGUUUUAAAAGAUCAUCAUGAUGAAAUUUGCUAAAUAUACAAGUAGAUAGCUUACUAAAUAAUGUUAUUGUUGCAUUAUCGCAAUUGUUUCAAAGGAAAACAGACGUAUACUUUGGUGCGUGAUUGUAGCUCCAUUUUACUUUUUUGUUUUUAAUCUGUGGAUAAAUUCAUAUUUUAAAUAAAAAUUUAAUCUGGAUGAAC